CAGUUGAUUUCUCGAACGUCAAAAAAUAGCCCACAUUCUAGAAACUUCACCCUCGAAUAUAAGACGUGUAGUCAGGCGAUUUUUACGUAAUAGACUCACAGUUUUUGUACGAAUAAGACGUGUUUUGCGCUCACAAACAAUAAACAAUAAAAUGCCACGACGUGGACGUUCCGCGAGCCCCUCACCGAGGUCUUCUGUCCCGGCGAGGACCCAACCUAGCACCCCUGCCCAAACUCCACCACCGGCCCAGACAGCCCCACAACAACCCGGAUUGUUCGGACAAAUGGCCGCGACGGCGGGGGGCGUAGCUGUUGGAUCUGCUGUGGGACACACUAUGGGAGCAGCCCUCACAGGUAUGUUUGGGGGAGGUUCAAGUGAAUCAGCCCCAGCACCGCAACAACAAGCAGCCCCUCAGCAGAAUAGCUCAGCUGAACCUACAGGACCUUGCGCUUGGGAAAUCAAGCAAUUCUUGCAGUGUGCUUCAACACAGAGUGACUUGACCUUGUGCCAAGGAUUUAAUGAAGCAAUUCAGCAAUGCAAAAUUAGGAAUGGUGUCCAAUAAUUAGGCUGUGUUACACUAAAUUCUAGUAUUAAUUAAAUGAAAAGACAGUCAGUAGUGGAAAAUUGAUGGACUGGUUCCAUUUGUAGUGAUUCAAAGUUAAAUAAAGCAUCCUCGUUGAA